ACCUGGGAAUAAAUGGGAAAGUAAUGUGCACUCAUUCCUGAAAUGAGUGAACUAAUGCAUAGGUUGUCUUUUGUAUGGAAUAAGGGAAAUUCAUAAAUUAACACUUCUUGCAGGGGGUACAGCUGUUAGAUAACAGCCUUGCCUUACAGCCUGACCUCAUGUUGCCCUAGCAACAACCCUUGGGUUAAGCACAGCAGGUAUUUUAACAAUCAUUAACGAACAGGACCCUGCCAGUCUCCGCAGCCAGAAUCGAUAACAAAUGUCCAGGUCGACACUCACGAGGCUAGACAGUUACAUAAUCAGAUCAAGGUUUCCACGGGGAAAAGGGCGUGCCAGGGAUUCUCAAUCCGCCACGGCUCACUGGCAAACUCGAGGCUGUCGGCCAAUCCGGAAAAAGAGUUCCUGCUCAGAAGGUGGGACAAACGGUCAACGUGUUACGUAAGUGCACGAGCGAGUGGCAGGAGCCAGGGGGUGUGUCCUGCAGGCUCUGUACGCCCUCUAAUUGGCCGUCAGGAACACGAGGCGUUUUCCAUAGGCUCCAAGGCGGUGGGAGCGUGCGUCGGUUUGACGCAAUCAGGGAGGGGUCAAAGGGCGUGUCUGGCAGCUGUCCAGGCCCGCCUAUUGGCUGGAAGACUCCGAAGCCGGCUAGCCGGGCCAGGCCUAGGGCGGCGCCGGGGGCCCGGUCCCGGAGGGACAACCGGCUUUGGGAAGAUGAACAUGGCAGCUCGAGCCGGUCAGAGGGCCCUGACAAAGGCAGUCUCGAGAUGCCCGCCAAAGUCGGCGACAGCGGGGGGCGGCCCGGCGCCGGGAUCUGCGCGGAAAGGAAGAUAUUUAGCUUCCUGUGGUAUACUGAUGAACAGAACUCUUCCAGUACAUACAUCCAUUUUGCCCAAAGACAUAUGUGCAAGAACUUUCUUCAAAAUUACUGCACCAUUAAUAAACAAAAGAAAAGAAUACUCAGAAAGAAGAAUUAUAGGGUAUUCAAUGCAGGAAAUGUAUGAUGUAGUAUCAGGAAUGGAGGAUUAUAAGCAUUUUGUUCCUUGGUGCAAAAAAUCAGAUAUUAUAUCAAAGAGAUCUGGAUAUUGUAAAACGCAGUUAGAAAUUGGGUUUCCUCCGGUGUUGGAACGAUAUACAUCUAUAGUGACCUUGGUGAAACCACAUUUGGUAAAGGCAUCCUGUACUGAUGGGAAACUUUUCAAUCAUUUAGAGACUAUUUGGCGCUUUAGCCCAGGAAUUCCUGGCUACCCAAGAACUUGUACCCUGGAUUUUUCAAUUUCUUUUGAAUUCCGCUCACUUCUACACUCUCAGCUUGCCACAUUGUUUUUUGAUGAAGUUGUCAAACAAAUGGUAGCCGCCUUUGAAAGAAGAGCAUGUAAGCUGUAUGGUCCAGAAACAAACAUACCUCGGGAAUUAAUGUUUCACGAAGUUCAUCAUACAUAAAGGGAAAAAAGAACCAACGUCACCUACUAUUCACUUUGUUAACUUUUAGGAAGAGCUUUCAUGAUUUGUUUUCAGAAGUCAGAAAACAUUUUUAAAGCCAGCUGUGACUAUAAACCUGCUCCAUUGAAAAUUUGUACAUAGAACAUGGACUCUCUUGAACAUACAAUUAUUUCUUCAAUCAAGUGCAAUUCAAACUAAUGUGUACAUUCACAGGUUCUACAUUUAUAAUAGAAUGUCAUCACUAUUGCUAGAACACUGACGUCACUCUUCUGAGCAGAAACUGAGGCUAAAUUUAAACCUUAUAGGUAUUACCUUACAUGAGAUAGAGGUACUCAUACAAUAUAUGUUAUGUUCAUCAUAUCAUGUUUUAAGUUAUUAAAUUCAGAGUAUUUGUAACUUAUUUUUGUGGGGCCUGUCAUAUGGCUUAGAAUACUUAAGAAGUCUUCAUAUAUUUAAAGUUAAAACUUUGAUUUAACUGUUCAUGAAGGUUCAUUGAUAUUUUUGUUUUCUUAAAUUGUUCUUUAGUACUAGCAGUAGAAGGAAUAGUUUUAGUAGUUACUGUAGUGCUAUAGUGAAGUUAGUUUCUAGAUAGUGUUUUGUUGUUGUGGGUCUUUUCUUGUGUGUUUGGUUUGGUUUUUGUGUCUGGUCCAGAGCUAAGUUAUUUUCCCAAGAGUUCACAACAUUCUCCUAGGUACUUGGGCUUCACUUUCAAUAAUGUUAAUCAUGUGUCAAGUUUUGUUUACCACAGAAGCUUUAUUAGGUCUCGAACAUUAUGCCCUCCCUAUUUUCUAUUUAUUGUAUAUACUCACUUUCAGUAAGUUCUACACUUUUUUUUAAAUCAAUGUAGACUGAAGUACUAGCUUAAUAAAGUUAAUUUGUUUAUUUUUUGUAUAGUUA